CUGACUAUAGGCAUACGCGCGCGGAUUUCAUACAUCGAUUUUCUCCGAAAGAUUGAUCAGCGCUGGACGUGUUGGAUUUGUUUAAUGUCGUGCGAUAACAAUUGUUCGUCGGGGACGGUGACCGGAGACAUUAUGUCGGCGGUAGUGAGAGAUAUUUUUAAUUCGUUUCAAGACUACUUGAACAACGAGCAAGAAAUACGCGAGCAAAUCCGCGUCAUUGUCAAGGAUAUCGAGAAAAUUGCCAGAGAAAUUUUGAUGAUAAUGCAGAACAUUCACAACGGGGGCUGCGGCACGACGGAUGAGAACAUAAUUGUCGCGGAAUAUUGUACAAGGGCGAGAGAAAGGUUUGGUGAGGUGAGGACACAGUAUGCAAAUCUGGCUCAAGUGGUACCGAGCAAUCAGUAUUAUCGUUACCACGACCAAUGGCGUUUUGUCACGCAGAGGCUAUGUUUUCUAGCUGCACUAGUAAUGUACCUAGAAGUUAAAGUAUUAGUCACCAAAGAGACUGCUGCGAGCAUAUUAGGAAUACACAAUAACAGGGAGGACGGCUUUCACCUGGACUUGGAAGACUUUUUAUUGGGUUUGCUACAGUUGUCCGCAGAACUGAGUCGUUUUGCUGUAAAUAGUGUCAUAAACGGUGAUUACGACCGGCCAAUUGAAAUCGCAAAGUUCGUUAAUGAGUUACAUGCUGGCUUUCGAUUAUUGAACUUGAAAAAUGAUAUGUUGAGGAGACGCUUUGACGGUCUAAAAUAUGACGUAAAAAAAAUUGAGGAAGUAGUAUACGAUCUGUACAUCCGGGGCCUGAAACCUCGGCCUACUGAAGAAACGCCUACUGAAUAGAUUUCUAUAUUUUUUGGUAUGAAUUAUAUUAAUAUAUCCGUCUUUGUCUAAGAAGUACAAUAAGUAUGAGUACAAUACGCGGAAAUGUAGCAUUAUUAAUAUAUAACGCGUGACAAAAAAUGUACUUAUAUUUAUAAUCCACUAAAUUACUUUUUUAUUUUUAAUUGAUACGUUCAAUUUAUAUUUAUAACAAAAAAGAUAUACAUACAUACAUACAUACAUAUAUAUAUAUAAUAUGAUAUCGUUAUAUAAUUCUUUUCUUUUUCUGAUAUUUCGUAUUUUCAAGAGAAAUUGUUAUCGAGAAUUUAAUGUUCCAUUAUUCAGAGAAAUCUGUAUAAUUUAUUUAAUGUCACUUUAUUAUCAUAACUGACCUGUGUAAGUUACGUUAUAAAUUUUAUGUUUAUAAAUUUCUCGUUAAAGAAACAUUUAAUGAUACUAUUUAAUGAUUUAAUUUUUUCUGAGAAAAUCAUAAUGCAGAUAAAUAAACAUAAAGUUAGAAUUUAGCUUCUGGUAACAAAAACAUCAACUGGAAAAUAACUGGGAUGUCCAGUUUUUUGUUUAAAAUAUGUGAAUGUACCAAAUAAUUUUUAUUUGUACUGAAUAUAAUUUCCGACUCCUAUGUAAACUUUAUGUAUAUAGUAUACCAUUAUAUAACUUUUUAUAAAAUUAUAGUAUAUAGUGUAACAUUAUGUAACUUUUUAUAAAAUUAAUAACCUCUUUCAAAAUC